AUGAAUCCAUCGGGAAACCCUCAGAUGCCUCAAGUUGGGAUCCCAUCUGAGCAACCAUUGGAGUCAGAAGCAUACAAGAGUUACAGGACUCCUGCGGAACAGGAGGCAUCAGUGCGGGCGCUGCAUCAGUACACGGUGCAGUCUGCCGGCGAGGGCUCGACAUACACAGGCCAGCACGCCAUAGGUUCAGUUCAGCCUGCUGGCUCUCAGUAUGCUGUGCAGCCUACCACGGGCCUAACGUACACGGGCCAGCCUGCCACGGGCCCAAUGUACACGGGCCAGCCUGCCGCGGGCUCAACGUACACUACGAGUUCUGUUGAGGGCCCUGCUGGCUCUCAGUACGCCACGCAGCCUGCUGUGGCCUCAAUGUACAUAGACCAGCAAGCCACAGGCUCGACGUACACAGGCCAGCAACUUGACGCCAUGGGCUCGACGUACGCCGCGAAUUUCGUUGAGCCUGGUGGCUCUCAGUAUGCCGUGCAGCCUGCCGGGGGCUCGACGUACACAGCUCAGCACACCAUGGGCUUGGUUGAGCCUGCUGCCGGCUCGAUGUACGCAGGGCAGUAUGCCAUCGGUCUGCCAGGUCAAUCAACGGAGGCGGCAGCCAGCUAUCCUAUGGACGCCCAGGCCACCGAGAGCGGUGGCUAUUUGACGGGUACGACUGGCUAUGGGGACCACCCACAGCAAUACAGUACCGUAUCGCUCCCGAUGCAGCCUGACCCGGCGAGUACGCAAAUUCUACAACCACAGCCUCCGCAAUACCAUCCGGAAUACCUUAUCGCACCGCCGUCCAGCAUAGGCCCGGAACGUUACCCGAUCAGAGACACAAGCCGUUCCAGGGCUGCCCACCCUUACCAUAGUACCGCCUCUACUGCUGGCGCCAACCCGGGCCUUGUGGGCCACCAGGCGUCGGGAAUGAGAGUCCCUGAGCCAAUUCCCCUUGAGGAGUACGGACUCGGAGGUGGAGGCGCACGUGUGAUGAACACUAGGCAGAUAUCUGGGAAUUUAACCCAGUCUCACAGGUCAGGAUCGCGGCCUACUCAGCCGCCAUCGCUCAAUACGAGGCGGCCUCAGAGCAGAUCGCCGGAAGACAGUACAAAUCAACAGCAAGUCAUAGAGAGGCAACCCCAGUUCGAAAAUGCCAUGCGGUCUGCUGCCCAGCCAGUACUAGUAGUACUCGAGGACCUGUCCAACGAGGAGAAGAGAAUCUUACGAAAGAAGUAUACAGAUACCGCCAGGCCGGGCAUCCUUGAGUUCCUUGUGUUGACGUCUCCCUUCCCGUCCCCGGACGCAUUGACUGACAAGUGUAACGAGCUCUUGAGGCUGCUACACAACGAGCGGAAGCUCGACAUUGAGACUGUUGGAGAAGGCAAGAAACGCUUCAAGGCGUUCACGGACGAGAGGCUCCAGAAGAUGCUUAGGGAAAUCCCUGGUACUCUUCGUGGGCUCUUCAAACAAGCGGCUACGUAUCUGGUCCCGGUCCUCCUGUCCGGCUUCGGACCUCCCGGUAUGCACUCGCUCGCCACCGACGACGUCACACGUCUUGUCGAUGUUGCUCAGCUAUGCGAGGAGAGGCGUAUAUCCGUCUGGAGGUAUCUUGCUGCAUCUCCGAGCUCUACAGGGCUUCUGCAUGUUCUCGACGCCGAGGGCAAUGUCACGGCCCCAUUUGAGAGAGAUGGCAUCGUCCCUUCUGUUCUGGAUGCCGUCAUUUUCCAGCGUCAAGGCGGUCUGUAUUACACCCACACCCAUCUCUUCUCUGAAGGUGUCCCGGACACGCUGGUAUCUUUGGCGGCUUCAGCAGUGAUCUCGAGCCUGCGUGAGUUCGAGAGCGGUAGACGCUCCAGCCGUGAUUUCUCCCGCGAUGCGAACAACACCGGGUGCGAAAACCUUACCAGAUACGUUCAAACUGUCAAGGCCUCUGCAACACUGGGUGAGCGUUACAACUGUGUUAAUCUCAAUGUUGUCCAGCACGGCAGAGGGUGGGGACCAGAGUAG